ACUAAAAAGGAAAGACAUCAAAGUCAUAAGUCAAGACGACAUCUUACAUAACCUCACAAAAGAAAGAAUCUAAUCAAAUCAAUCUAAUCCAACCACCAAAUAAACAAAUUUCGAAAUUCCAAAUAAAAAUAAGGAUAGUAUAGUAUAGUGUGAAAUUUUAUCAACCAAAUAUGAGAUAAGAUGUUUAGUUCCUACAAGAACCAUGAUGACGACCGAAGUGAGUCGACCGACCAAAAUGAUACUAAAACAAAACAUCCUGGAACAUGUACAUGUUGAACACCUGAUAGCGGGUACCACUGCAGGGGUCGCCGCAACUCUUAUGUUACACCCACUGGACGUAAUCAAAAUAAGGUUCGCCGUUCACGAUGGCAUACACAGCAUUCCAAAGUAUACGAGUAUUGCAAAUGCCUUUUCCACCAUACAAAAAAAGGAAGGCUUUCGGGGGCUCUACAAAGGAGUUUUACCGAAUGUUUGCGGCGCUGGUUUAUCCUGGGGUCUGUAUUUCUUUUUCUACAAUUCUAUAAAAGAUUUUAUGCAAAGUACUACGAAACAUGCGAAUUUGGGUCCCGGAUAUCAUUUGUUAGCCGCUUCACAAGCUGGACUUGCUACUUUACUUAUUACUAAUCCAGUCUGGGUUGUUAAAACAAGGUUAUGUCUUCAAUUCUCCAGUGACCUUAAACUAGAAAAUUCAUCCCAAUGUUACAACGGAAUGUUGGAUUGUUUAGCAAAAAUAUACAAAACUGAAGGUAUUCGUGGUUAUUAUAGAGGUUUAGUACCAGGUAUUUUUGGUGUUUCGCACGGUGCUGUGCAAUUUAUGGUAUAUGAAGAAAUGAAAACUAAUUAUUACCAGUAUCAUAAUUUACCUAAAAGUAAUAAAUUAGGUACAAUAGAGUAUUUAGCAUUUUCUGCUAGUUCAAAAUUGCUUGCAGUCUUAGCAACGUACCCCUAUCAAGUUGUUAGAGCACGAUUACAAAAUCAGCAUUACUCAUACGAAAAUGCCACAGAUUGUGUUAAAAAAAUGGCCAAAUUUGAAGGGUGGCGAGGUUUUUAUAAGGGUUUAAGCACAAAUUUGAUUAGGGUAAUUCCCGCUACUAUGAUAACAUUUGUGGCUUAUGAAAAUAUUUCGUAUUUGUUAUUGAAAUAUAAAAGCUAAAGAGUCACAAAGAGAAAAUUGAUCAAAAUAAUGAUAAUUAUAAUGACUUUAUUUUAUUGUAAUGAAGGUUCAGUUGGAGCAAGCUCCCUCAAAUAAGUUAAGUUAAUCGGAAUAAUUAUUGUAAAUUUUAUAUUUUUAUUUUUGUGCCAUUGUUAAUUGUUAUUGCAUGUGAAUUUUAGAGGGAAUAGGUUCGAUUCUGUUAACAUUUUUCUGUUGCCUAUUCAUUAAACAUAGUU